GUCGCCUUUAUCUGAUCGCCCCUUUCCCACCACUGUCCUUCUGCAUCAACCUUUGCCCGCUUGCCAAGACCCUUUGUAGUAUCAGAUCACGAGCUGCAUGCUCGCCCUUGGAGUCUUCGGAAGAUGCCUAACGUUUUCGCAGUCCCAGUCUUUUUCAUUUGUUUUCGAGAAUGUCUAGAGACGAGCAUCAUUGUGUCUGUACUCUUGGCGUUCCUGAAGCAGUCGUUGGGGCCUGAGCAUGAUGCUGCAGUACGGAAAAGGCUGGUCAGGCAGAUUUGGCUUGGCGUUAUAUUGGGUCUAUUCAUAUGUGUUGUCAUCGGUGCUGGCCUAAUUGGCGCCUUCUACAAGGCCGGGAAACAGGCCUUCGACGCGGCAGAGUUCUUAUGGGAAGGUAUUUUCGCCCUCAUAGCGUCCAUCAUCAUCACUUUGAUGGGCGCCGCUCUGUUGCGCGUGAAUAAGAUGCAGGACAAGUGGCGCACCAAGAUCGCCAAAGCCCUCGAGGACAAGGACUCGUCACCUUUGCCCUUAACUGGCCGCCUCAAGAGAUGGUGCCAGAAAUAUGCGAUGUUUCUGCUACCAUUCGUUACCGUUCUGCGAGAGGGUAUCGAAGCCGUGCUCUUCAUUGGUGGUGUGGGGCUUGGGUUGCCCGCGACUUCCUUUCCCUUGGCAGUCAUUUGCGGUCUGCUUGCUGGUGCGGUUAUCGGUUACUUGAUAUAUAAGGGAGGAAACCGUACCUCGUUGCAGAUCUUUCUGAUCAUCUCAACUUGCUUCUUGUACCUCAUCGCCGCCGGUCUGUUUUCCAAGGGCAUCUGGGACUUCGAAGCACAUGCCUGGGGGAAGAUUGCAGGCGAAGGUGCACUUGAAGCUGGCUCCGGGCCAGGCUCAUACGAUAUCCGUAAAAGCGUCUGGCAUGUAAACUGCUGCACCCCAGGAUCCAAAGGCGACGGCGGCUGGGGGGUUUUUAACUCUCUUUUUGGUUGGCAAAAUUCCGCCACUUAUGGCUCUGUCAUUUCAUACAAUCUAUACUGGCUCGUCAUCAUCGCCGGCUUCCUUAUGCUAGGAUAUAAGGAACGAAGCGGUCACUGGCCCCUUCAGAAGCCAGCUGCUGUUGCCGAAGACGUUCAAAGCCAGAGCGAUGGGAGCAGUGGAGUGGGUGAGAAGAAGCAGGAGGGUGCGGCGACUUCGAACGUCCGCGAGAUUCAGGCAUGAGGGGGGUUUCGCAGGGGAAAGUGCAUAAGAUGAGAACAAGGUCCAGCAAGCAUUCGACCAAGACUUAGAGCAGCGCCAGCAGUAGCUGAGGUCGGUAGUCAGACUCUUUGCCAGACUCUAGCAUGUGGGGACGGAUGAAGAAAAGCGGACUUGCCGUCAUUCAUACAAACUAAUAGGAAGCAUACCUUCGGAUGGAUACGAAUAAAAACAAAACUCUUUUAAUCUGCUGCACAUAGCCUAGGAAUCUAGAGGAAUCUAGAGGAGAUACUCA